ACCGAACACGUUUCGAAUAAUAAUUAAUCAUUGAAUUAACGAUACUGAUAACUCUGAUAUUAUUUAUGAAUAAUCAUCAAACUAUUAUUAUGUAUUCACCUCCGAUACGACGAUACAACGAUUAAUUUAUUAAACAUACAUCGACCAAUCGGCAGUAACUACGACGAUUUCGAAUAGGUACUAAUAUCGAAUGGUUAUCCAUAGCUGGUUUCCGAUAUCACGAAUGAUAAUAAUUUAGAAAACAUAAUAUGAUUGUUGUGUUGUUCUUGUGAAAAAACGUUAGUUUAAUUUGUCAGUUAACUAUUUUCUAAUAUGUUGUCGUUAAUGACGUUUUCGUAGUUUCAUAACGUUGCGCGCCCAAAUGGGAAACAUUCUGCGUAACUAUCAACCAGACGGUCAGAUUUAUCGAUCUCACCAUUGCAUCAUAACGCAGUGUCAAUUGUUCUUGUUUUAGGUAGCUUGUCAAAUAUGGAACUAGAUAUUGAUGAAAUGCCCGAUAACUCUCAUCAUAAAAAGUAUUCUAGUGAAUUAGCUACCCAAGAUAAAAUGAUUAUUAGAAUCAAAAAGCAAGAACCAGACGUUGACAUCGAAGGUAAAGAUUCAUCCACAGAGCAUGAUGAAGUUGUGUCGUACACGUGCGAAUUUGUUCAAAAAGUUGAUGAAACUGAAUCAGAGUUGAUUGACAUAUGUGAUGAACCAAUUGAAUCUAUUCGUCAAGAUGAAAACUAUAUAUAUCCAGCUGUAACUAACUCUGAUGAUGAAGAUACCAAGGAUGUGACGUGGCAACCACCAUCUAAUAUUUUAACUCCUGGGGAACGCUUAACACGCAAACAUAUUAAGUGUUUGUAUCCAAAAGUUGAAAAACCUGUAUCAAAGAAAAAUAAAUGUAAAAAUAAUAAGAAUAACGAAGUACCAAUUAAACGCUUGAAAAAGGGUCGUUUACCAAAAAGUAAACAAGUUUUAGAAGACAUAGAUGUUUCAAAGCCAGCUACUGAUUUAACAGACGAAACAACUGUUGGUGAAUCAAUAGCAAAAAAAAACUGUGAUUCACUGCCUCCUAAAGUUGGGAGACCAAGAAAAGGUAUGGCGACACCAAAACAACGCCUGGCACGUAUUAUAAAAAUACACAAAAUGAUAAAAUAAUUACUCAGUAAAAAUCAGAAUAGAAUGCAUUUUAAUAUUUAAGUGCCAAAUAGUUUAUAUUUUUAAUAACCGGUAGUAACUUAUAAUGUUCCAGUAAAGCAAUUGUAUAUAGAAGUGUAAAUUAAAUUACAACUACUUAAAAGUAUUCUUACUUUUGCUGUCAUUUUGUAUAAAUCAAAAAUUGUUAUUAAAAUGUAUAUUUUACUCUACACUUUAUAUCCAAAAUAAAAAUUAUAUUAAAUGUUUUUUGUUGAAAUAUUCUUUAAUCAGUAUUCUACUUCAUAAAGAUAACUUUUUAUGUAAGGCAAUAUUUAUUUAUUUUAUUACUUCAUUUUAUAUAAUAAAUAAAUUCAACAAUGAUGUUUUUCACUAAAUUUGCUUGUUGUAAAUGUUAGAGACUAAAAACGACAGACUGUAUUUUGUUAGAUUUUUAGAUAUUACAUGUAAGAAUUUAAAAAAAAAUAAGUAGUCCAUUUAUGAAUUAAAGUAUUGUAGCUUACUUAUCUUUUAUAAUUAAAUAAAUCUUAAAAAAUUAUUAUAAUAAAAAAUAUUUUGAGUAAUAACACAAAUGAAAUAGUCAAUUUUCUUUGUAAUAUUGUUAUGCUCACUACCAAAAUUUCAAAUUAAUUUUAUUGUGUUUACUUUAUGAUAAAUAAUAGUACUAAAUAUUUUACCGUAUUUAUGAUGUGUAUAAAAUUAUUUUAAAAUAAAUAUUAUUUUGAACAACAUUUAUAUUAAGUAAAAACAAACUACAAAGAAUUGUUGUAUUUAUAGAAUUAUAAAAUAGAAAUUAUCUUAAAGUUAAAAUAUUUAGUUAAAAUUUGUAAAAAUAUUAAUUUUAUUGAAUACCUACAUUUAUAUUUUUAUUAUUAUUGUAUUCAUUUUAGAAUUUAAUCCUAUUUUUGUAAUUUGUAUUUUAUUUACACAUUCAUUUUUUUGUUUUCAUAUUUAGAUAAGUACAAAGUUUUAUAUGAAAAGUUUAUUAAAUAAUCUGUCUUAAAGAUAUUGAUGAACACAAGCUUUAUUUAAAAAAUGAAAAUAUAUAAUUUUAAAUAAU